AUAAAUCAUGUUUAUAAUAUCUUAUCAAUGAAUCUUUAUUACUCCUUAACCUCUCCAAUUUCCACUUGGAACAUCAAUAGCAUAACAAGACGUAAUCCAGGACUGUUGUGUUUUAUUUGUUUAAAUAUUUUUGAGAAUUAUGCGUCUAACAACAUUCCUAGUGGUACUUAUUUGUGCGGGAGCAAGUAAUAUUGAUGUAGAUCCACUGAAAACAAUCGUUUGGGGUCCAGGAUUGAAACCAGCGGAAAUUACUAUGCGUGCAAGAUAUAUUUUUUUGCAACUCGUCGAUUCAUCUGGAAAAAACUUGACAGUAUCUCCUGGUAAAAAUGUAGUUACUGGUCAAGUACAUGGUCAAUCCUUUGAUGGCACAAUAUGCCGAAUAUGGACUCAAAUUUAUGAUUGUAAGGAUGGUAGCUUCAUUAUACGUUACAAAGUAUUUAAUACUUGUUUCAAAAUCAUGAUUAAAGUAAAGAUCAAAGGAAAAGAAUUGCCGAUGCCUUCAGAGAUCAAAGGUCCUGUUUACGAGGAAGAAUGUUACUGCCCAAACCCAUCAGUCACUACUUGGCUACAUCACUAUCAAUGUCAACAGAAUUAUACCCAAAUGCAUCAUGAUCUUUCUUCAUUUCCAAGUGUUGACUUUGACAGAAUACGUGAAAGCAUUAUUAAAAGAUAUGAUCAACCAAGCAGUGUCAGCAUUUGUCACUACAUAUUGAAAUCCAACAAAAUUUAUAGGCGAUGUUACGGCCAGCAUGUUGGUUUUAAAAUAUUUAUGGACGCCAUAUUACUGUCACUUGCACGUAAAGUAGUGCUGCCAGAUAUAGAAUUCUUUGUGAAUUUGGGUGACUGGCCGCUUGUGCCCAAUGCAGGUCCGCUUUAUCCCAUUUUUUCAUGGUGCGGAUCUGAAAGUACAAAGGAUAUCGUUAUGCCUACGUAUGAUAUCACGGAAUCAUCCCUGGAGGCGAUGGGAAGGGUAAUGUUAGAUACACUCUCCGUACAAGGUAAUACCGAACUGCCAUGGGAUAGCAAGAUUGAACAAUUAUUUUGGCGUGGACGUGACUCCAGAAGAGAACGUCUCGACUUAAUAGAUAUCUCAAGAAGACAUCCAGAUCUCUUCAAUGUCUCAAUUACUAAUUUCUUCUUCUUUAGAAAUGAAAUAGACAAAUAUGGACCUGCACAAACUCAUGUGUCAUUUUUCAAUUUUUUUAAGUACAAGUACCAGCUGAAUAUUGAUGGUACAGUAGCAGCAUAUAGAUUUCCAUAUUUACUUGCUGGCGAUUCUUUGGUAUUUAAACAAGAAUCGAAAUACUACGAAUUUUUUUACGAAGAUCUUAUACCUGAAGUACAUUAUAUGCCUGUGAAAAGUGAUCUCUCAGAUCUCGUUGACAAAAUUACGUGGGCGAAAGAGCACGACGAGGAUGGAUUGAAAAUUGUUAAAUCCGCUAGACAAUUUGCAAGGGAUAAUUUAUUACCACGUGAUAUAUUGUGUUACCAUACAGUUUUAUUUCAUGAAUGGAGUAAACGCUUAAAGAGUAAAGUUGAAGUCCUAAAUAACAUGGAAGAAGUACCACAACCUAGUCAUUCCUGUCAGUGUCGUCUUAGCAAUUUAAACUUCAAAGAUGAGUUAUAAUUUAACAUUCUUUCAAAAUAUUUUCCUAGGGUUUAUUUAUAGAAUUAAGAUUUACAUCUGAUAGAUCCAUAUUACGAAAAUCAUCUAUUAUGUAUGCACAAAGAUGGACAUAUGUUCAUUUUUAUUAAGAUUUUUGUAUUUAUCACUGUCAAAAAUAAAAAGCAAUAUACGAGU